AUGAAAGGCUCAUUCCCUAGUCAGGUUCUUACAAUAGUUAGUUUAGAUUCCAACAAUGGAAUUUAUCCCUUGGCCUAUGCAAUUGUUGAGUCUGAAAACACAGCUAGCUGGAAGUGGUUUUUAGAAAACCUUGGGGAUGAAUUGGAGCUUGGGAGCAACUCAAACUAUACUUUCAAAAGUGAUAGGCAAAAGGGUUUACAAAUUGCAACUCAAUUGUUUCCCAAUGCUGAGCAUAGAUAUUUUACCAGACAUAUUCAUGACAAUAUGAGAAAGAAGUGUAUGCAAAGUGAGUAUAGGGACCACUUAUGGAUAUGUGCAUCAACAACCACCAUUUCUGAGUUUGAGCAUUUGAUGAAGGAGUUUAGUGAGUAUGAUAAAGAGGCAUGUCAAUGGUUGAAGCAGAUUCCUCCUGUACAUUGGGCAAGGAGUCAUUUCUUAGGAAGAGAAGUUUUUGAUGUGUUGAUUUCCAACAUGUGUGAAGUGUUUAAUGGGAAGAUAGAGAAAGGCAAGGACAAACCUGUAAUUUCAUGUUUAGAUUUCAUUGGGGAGUAUCUAAUGAAGAGGAUAUGUAAUCUCAUGAAGGCAAUGAAAAAGGCUAAAGGUCCACUAAUACCUACAACAACAGACAUCCUAGAUGCAAGGAAAAAAGAUCAGCAUGUGGUGGAUGUUAGGAUCCAAACUUACACUUUCAGAAAGUGGGAAUUAAUGGUAAUACCUUGCAGACAUGCAAUUGCAACUCUAAAUGAAAUAAGCAAAGACCCUGAAGUUGAGCUUGGCAUUUACGAGUGGGUACACAAGGUGUAUUGGCUAGAGACAUGGCAAAAAGUUUAUUCAUUUAAGGUGGAGCCAAUUAAAGGGAGACCCAUGUGGCCUAAAAGUAAUUGUCCAACAAAGCUAAUCCCUCCUCCACAUCGCACUCAGGUGGGAAGGCGUAAGAAAAAAGAAGACAAAAUGAGGGUCAAAGGUUAA